GUGCGGAUUCUUAUCUCUGCUAACCCGGCUCAGAAAGGUCUCCGCUGCGCUGUUUCAGGUUUCCGGCAGAUCUCGCCGAAAAUGACGGCGUCUUGCGCGCUUCGCAAGGCAUCUCCCUACCGCCCCGAGAGUUCCUUUUCUUCUAGGUGCUUCGUUGGGAUGCUUUUGGUGGCCCCACUGCUCCUGCUUCCCUUAUCCUCCGAUGCCUGUGAUGAACCACCGAGAUUUGCAACUAUGCAGCUCCAGAAUGCCUCUAAACCCAGUUAUAGCUCUGGGGAUAAACUCUAUUAUGCGUGUCGCCCAGGUUACCAGCUCAAGCGUACUGGUCUUGCUACUCCUAGCCUAAGUAUUGUUUGUCAGGAGGAUAAUACAUGGUCAUCUCUGGAGGAGGCCUGUCAAAAAAAACGGUGUCCUACCCUAGAGGAACUCCAAAACGGCCAGAUAGAGUACACAAAUGCAAGUAUUGACUUUGGCUCACAGGUUCACUAUUCCUGUGAUAAGGGUUAUUACUUAAUUGGAGAAAGUAUUCGACAUUGUCAGGUUGCUGGCAGUAUUGUGGACUGGAGUGAUGCUCCUCCAAUAUGUGAAAAGAUUUUGUGUAAACCACCUGAAGACAUUGCUAAUGGAAAAUACACCAAUACCGGCAAGGAUAUAUUUGCAUACAAUGAAGUAGUAACUUAUAGUUGUAAUCCUGCAACUGGGACAGAUGAAUAUUCACUUAUUGGAAAUGCAACACUUGUUUGUGUUGGAAAUGAUGAAUGGAGUAGUGACCCUCCUGAGUGUAAAGUGGUCAAAUGUGUGUUUCCAACCAUCAUCAAUGGGAAGAUAGUCUCAGGACUUGGACAAAAAUUUUACUACAGUGCGAGGGUUGAAUUUGAAUGCAACAAGGGUUAUAAGCUUAAUGGCAGCAGAACAACUGUCUGUGGUGCAAACAGCACUUGGGAGCCUGAGAUACCAACGUGUGUUGAAGAGUUGACUACUCCCACUACCCAACCUCCAAUUUCCAGUACCUCAGUGUCGACUCGAGUUCCAGUUCCUAGUGGCCCAGAUUCCAAGCCUACUCAUCGAACUGUGACCCCUGGAUCAGGUCAUCCAGGACAUGACAGCGCUGGUGAUGAAACACCUAAAGCUGAGAGAUUAGGUGCAGGAAUCAUUGUUGCAAUUGUUCUUGGUACAUUUUUGGGCCUUGGAGUACUUGCCGGCAGUGUCUACUUCUGUCUUUGCAGAAAGAAUAAAAGAGAUGUCUAUUUCUUUCUGAGACCAGAAGAGAGAAAGGUUUGCUUUUAUCAUUAAAAGGAAAGAAAGUAGUGCUACAUACAGCGCUUACCAGGAUAAGGCAACCACUCCAGCUGAGUAAAUGAACUAAAUGGUUCCACAAACCCAUGUGUCAUUCAGCCAUGAAAAUGAAGGAAAUCCUGCCAUAUGCAAUAAUACAGAUGGACCUUGAGGGCAUUAUACUGGGUGAAUAUGACAGAGAAAGAAAGACAAGUACAGUAUGAUCUCACUUAUAUGUGGAAUCCAAAAAAUCAAGCUUAUAGAAAAAGAAACCAGAUUUGUCUUCAUCAGAGGUGGGGGUGGGGGGUGGGGGGGUUGAGUAAAAAUGAUCAGAAAAUAUAAACUUUCAGUUAUAAGAAAGUACUGGGAUGUAAUGUGCAGCAUGGUGACCACAGUUAGUAAUACUAUACUGUGUAUUGGCAAGUUGCUAAGAAAGUGAAUCUUAAAAGUUCUAAUACAUGGAAGAAAAAAAUUUUUUGUAGGUAUGUGAAGUGAUGGAUGUUAGCUGAAUCUAUCAUGGUAAUCAUUUCACAGUAUAUACAUUAUCAAAUCAUGCUGUACACCUUAAACUUAUGCAAUGUUAUGUCAAUUAUAUAUCAAUACUGAAAGAAAAAAAUCUAUAAAAAUUAUUUGCUAGUUUCUUACACUGUCAGGAAUGGAACUGUUAAGCCACAGUGCUAACAUUUGAAUGUGGCUGAAGUAUAGUCACCAUCCUUUAAUGCUUCUUUGAAAUGUGUGUGCAUUUGGGUUUGAACAUCUUGUUUUUCCUUAAAUAACACUUGUAUUUAUAGGGCAAGUCAACACAGUAUCCCCACUAAUGUUAAGGUGGGGAAAUAUUUUUUCUAUAAGAUCUCCAAACUCAGAGAAGUAUAAUUCAAAACGACAUUACAUUUCAUUUGUAAAGAAAGUGAUUUUGAAGUCUUUUCUGUUCAAUGAUUGCCAACUCUUAAGAUUCAUUCUUCAACAAUCCCAAAGUGUGCUUUAUACAUUAUUUAUUAUAAAAGUUUGACUUCCUUAACUAAGAAUAUUAACAGAAAAUACUCUUACAAUCAAUAGGUUAAGAUACUAUUUGUAAAAAUUUAUAACCCCUUGGUGAUUUAGAGACACUAUAAAGUAUUAUGUCUGGCAUUUGUUCUUCACCCCUUUUAAUAACAAUAAACCAGUCUAAGAAGUCGAAAAGAAUUCAGCAUCAGUUUCAGGCUUCUGUACAAAGUUAGAGGGCUCUGACACCCAUAGCAGGAAUGCCAGCUCAGGACAAAGUGAAUACUGUGGACUUGUAAUUUCCCUACGAAGAAUUCCACUCUUUAAGAGAAUUAGAAUCCACUCUAAAUUCUGGCUACAGGUGGUUUUCUCUCCCCACAUGAAUAAAGAGAUGUCUUACUUUAAAAAUGUCAUCUGAAUGUAGGUAAUUUAUAGGGAAUAAAUUCAUCAGAUAACCUCAAGUUGCAUCAGAAACUAGUCUUUGUGGGCUCCUCACCUCAUCUGAAAAGGGCAGAGUAAAAAUGAAGCCCCGUACUUCAGAAAAGCAAACUUAACUUUGUGGAUUUGCUGUAGGUCAUGCAAAGGGAUGGAAAGACGAAACAGCAAAGGUAGCUCUUGAUGCUCAGGCAGGACAGAUCCCAGCCCUCUUUUCUGUCCUCACACCAGGCAGGGCCUCCUUCAAAUGAGCCAGUGGCCAAAGAGGAGGCUUUAACUCAGAUUACAUUUUUAUAGGUUUUUGUUUCACAGUUUUAUAGUUAGCAGCACAAACUGGGCCAAAGAAACGUUGCCUUAGAAAGAUAUGAAUAAAGAAUUAAGAGUGAACCAGAGUAAAUAUUGUUUUACUCCCUAAGGACAUGGCCAUGUAAGUAGUCCUUCCUUUUGUAAUCUUGAGUGAGGCACUUUAGGAAGAUAAAUUUGAGAAGAAUAAAUUCAGGAAUUCUGAGAUAAAUAUAGAGUUGAAGUUUUGCUGUACCCUUUCUCACAUACUUUUCAAGAAUCUAGAAGGGGGUGGCUAAAAUACAUAUUUUUAACCCUCAGAGAAGUGUUUUCAACCAAAGAUGAUGCUUACCAAAAUAGACUUUCAUAGUAUAGCUUCCACUUCAAAUUUAGUUGUUCCAGUUUAAUAUAUUUAUAUGUAAGAUUGAAAUAAGUAUGUACAUAUAAAUUAUGUUGUUGAUCAAAUAACUUGUCAAUUACUUGAACAUAUGGGGAAACCAUUUUUCUCUAGAAAUGUUUGUUUAAAUGAGAGAUAGAAAAGUGUAUUUGAAUUUAAAGGUUUCUUAAAACUCCAAGAAUGUAUCCCCAGUAGAAUGAGAAGUCGCAUGUCUGUAUUGUUCAUUUUUUGAGAAUUGGUCUUUCAAAUCUAUUAAAAUGUCAUUAUGGAGAA